AUGGGUUUAUUUCAUACGAUUUUCGGUGAUAUUAAACUUACCGAUGUUUUGAUCGGAUUGUUAACCAUAACAUGUUCAUACGUUUUUUAUUUCUACUAUAAAUACUUUACUCGUCUCAAUCCACUUCCCGGUCCGAUUCCACUCCCGUUAAUAGGUAGUUUUGCAAUCUUCAUGGAAGAUAUAGAUGCUUGGUUCUUUAGAUUGAACAAAAUUUAUGGACGUGAUGGCAUUUUCGAAUUGAAUAUUGCUGGCAAUAGACAAAUCAUUAUGACACGUACCGACUAUGUAGAUAAAUUUAUGACGAGUAGUACUUCGUCGCACAUCAUGAGAACCGCGAACAAUGGACUCUUGGACCUAUUUGAUCUUCAUAAUAAAGGAGUAGGGUUGAAUCAUAGUUAUCAACAUUGGAAAUUCAACCGUCAGAUCUUCUCACAGGCCGUCAUGCCAUUGAGCUUAACCAACAAGCCCAGUAACAUCUUGAAUCAAUUGUUUGAAGAAAUGGCAGGUCUUUGGAUCGAUUUGAAACCGGAAAACGAUUAUGGAACCACGAUCGAUAUGGCCGCUUGGUUGCGUCGUUUCACGGCGGAUUUCAUAUCCUUGUUGACCACCGGGAAACAUAUUUCCGUCAUGAAUCAUUAUCGUGGGAAAUUGAAGCGUGAUGUGAUGACCGAGGAGAUGAUCGAAUCCGAAGAGUUCAUCGAUUGCAUAAACACCUUUGUAUCGGACAAUCAAAUCAUCUUCGUACCUAAAAUUUUGAAAGACUUGCCUUUGAUUAAACCUCGGCCAUUGGAGCUUGUAGGAACCGUGGUUGGAUUGGAGCUUGUAGGAACCGUGGUUGGGUUUGAGCUUGUAGGAACCGUGGUUGGAUUGGAGCUUGUAGGAACCGUGGUUGGAUUGGAGCUUGUAGGAACCGUGGUUGGAUUGGAUCUUGUAGGAACCGUGGUUGGAUUGGAGCUUGUAGGAACCGUGGUUGGAUUGGAGCUUGUAGGAACCGUGGUUGGAUUGGAGCUUGUAGGAACCGUGGUUGGAUUGGAUCUUGUAGGAACCGUGGUUGGAUUGGAGCUUGUAGGAACCGUGGUUGGAUUGGAGCUUGUAGGAACCGUGGUUGGAUUGGAGCUUGUAGAAACUCUGAUGCUUUCUGGCGUUAGGGGAGUAGAUAUGGGUGUAGGCAACAACAAUAAUAGUAAAUAA